AUGCCUAUAAACUACGUGAACAUCUGCAUAGCACUUUAUGAUUAUGACGCGCAAAACGAAGAUGAACUUUCUUUUAAGGAGGAUGACGUUUUAUAUAUAUUAGACAACGAUGAUGAGGAAUGGUGGAAGGCUAAGUUAAAGAUUCCGAAAGAUGCAAAUGGUGAAGACGAAGAAGAAGGUCCCAUUGGAGUAAUACCUUGCAACUACGUGCAAGAGGCAGAAUGCUCCGCAAUAGUAAAAGCUCUUUACGAUUACGAGGCACAGACUGAGGAUGAACUUAGUUUCUCAGAAGACGCCAUUUUAUAUUUAUACGAGAACGAUGAUCCUGACUGGUACUUAGUGAAGUAUAAUGAUCAAUUCGGCUACGCUCCUGCGAAUUACUUGGAGGAGACUUCAUUAGAAGAGCAAGCAGCGGAAGAAGAUCAUCAAUCUGAAGAAGGACAACCUCCAACAGUUCAGGCGAACAAGUCAGUCUCUCUAUUCCAAGCAUUGUCGAGUGCAGCCGAUCAGAAGAAUUCAUAUGUCGAUCCAUUGAAACUAUACGCUCAACAAGCUGGUCAUCAGAAAGGUGAUGCCUCGGCAGUUAGCGUAAACACGUGGGCGGUUGUGUCUGCACCAGUCCAGCAAUGGGAUGUUACAGAUGUCAUGGACAUAAAGUCGGAUAAGAAGCAUGUACACAUUACCUUUGGUGGAUCAAAAGCUGCAACAUAUAAUUUCCAAGCAGGCUCCAAGAGCGAUGCAGAAGCGAUAGUCCAGAAAGCAAAAGCUUGUCUAGCAACUGUAGAGGUGCCAACUGUUAAUCUAGACAGGGCUACUAAAACAUCCAGCGUGGUUAUCACCACACCACAUUACUCUGAUCGUCAGUCAUAUGCUGAGGCUGAAGACGAAACUCAAAGUCAACAUGAGGAGUACGAACAUGCAGAAGAUCAAUACCAGGAUGAAGAAACAGGACAAGAGGCGGAGUACGACGAACAACCGACAGGAGAAGAGGAUGAAGCAGACCGCGAACUGCAGGCAGCCGCCAUACUUUAUGACUUUAACGCCGAUGGUGAUGAUGAACUGACUGUUCGAGAGGGAGAAAGCGUUUGGGUCGUCGAUUCAUCUAGUACUGAAUGGUGGAAAUGUAGGAAUGAAAAUGGAGAAGAAGGAGUUGUACCUGCAUCUUACGUUGAAAGGGAAGAGGAGGAAAGGGUACGUCGCGAGGAAGAGGAAUUAGCACGUCACGAGGAAGAAGAGCGACAAAGAAAGGCCGUGGAGCGCCGCCGACCACCAGUUCGAACGAAGCAAGGAAGUGAAGAUAAUGCGAAAAAGAUUCAAACUCCAACAAAUCGUGCAUUACCUGAUCGACCUGCACAAGCUCAGUCCAAAUCGAAACCGUUACCAUCAAAUACGCGGACAUGGACGGACAGAACAGGUGCUUUCAAAGUUGAAGCCCAAUUCCUUCGAUGUGUCGAUGGCAAGAUUCAUUUGCACAAACUUAAUGGUGUGAAAAUCGCUGUACCAAUUGAUAAAAUGAGUAAAGAGGAUAUAGCAUACAUUGAAGAGGCUACCGGCAAGAAGGUAGAAGACAGUACUGAUAACAUGCCGUUAGCGGCCAUUGCAGUAGCACAUAAAAGCAAACAGUCUGCUAAAGACUACGACUGGUUUGAUUUCUUCCUCAAAGCCGACGUCGGUUAUGAAGAUGCCUACAGAUAUGCUACCACUUUUUUCCAAGAGAAAUUGGACGACUCUUCAAUACCUGAUUUAACUCGUGAACUCAUGAAGACACUCGGAGUGAGAGAAGAUGAUGAACUAGAACAAAAAAAGCAGGAAGAAUUAGAUAAAGGAUUAGCUAUCAAGAUUCAGUCGGAGGAAUCAAGUCAACCUCAAAAGUCAACGGAUUUCAAUAAAAUAAUGCAAAUAAAACGUGAUGAGCAGCUUGCCCGAGAACUUCAAGAAAAGGAAAACGAGAUUGCUCGCAGUCAAGGUAGAGCCAUACCAAAAGCUGCUGAUAUCUAUGGGGAUAUAGAGUCAAUAUUGCAAAAAGACGAUAAUAAAACUCCAAACCAGGAAGCACCCUUGCUAUUCGCAGGUGCUAAUGGAGCGCUAAAGAACAACACUAAAAAGGCUCGUCCUCAACCGACAAAGUCGGCUCCUUUGCUUAUUGAUGCCAGUUCAUUUACUAGUGCUAAAGGUAGACUGGAUGAGGCAUUUAAGGCGCCACAGCCAAAGCCUAACGUGACUGGUGGUUUUGACGACGACUGGGCGCAAUCUAACUUUAAUAGUACAAUUAAUUCGGCCAAUCCCCCACCGCCUCCACCACCAUUGUCCUACACUCAACCACAGAAUUAUGGAUCUACAAUAAUCCAUUCACCGAGCUUUGGUACGACAAUGCAAACAUCACAACCUUCCUAUGCUCAACAAACAAAUUUGAGCUCAAUGCAUACAGGAACACCAUCACCUCUGAAUCCUCAGUCAGCUCUUGUCAGACAGAAUUCUGGCAUGAAUCUUUCGUUUGCUUCACAACCGAACUUUGGCACGACUGUUCAUCCAACUCUACAACAACAGUCAUCCCUUAUCGGACAGAAUUCUGCAAUGACUCCUUCGUUUGUUCCACAACAGCCGAUUAAUCCAUCAUUUGCACCUCGUCCCUCCCCAAUGUCUAUGAUGAAUAAUCCGGGCGGCAAUAUGUCAUAUAAUAAUGGACCCGGUGGUAAUUUUGGCAGCGUCCUACAGCCUCGGCCGAGUGGAGGUGGAUUUGGACCUAAUUUUGGUCACCUGCCUCAUCAAACUACUACUACCUCUGUUACUACAUGGACGAAUACGGUCUACUCAGCAAAUCCGCCAGGACAAUUUCCAUCUGCAGGGUUUGGCAACUAUCCACAUGCUGCCAACCAAUUCAACGCCAACAAUCAGCUGCAACCAGCUGGCUCAUUUCCUCAGCAGGGACAUUCUCGAACACGUAUGCAAGGCCAUACUGACACUAUAAACCAUUUGAAAACAUAG